GACCAUCGGACCAAUCACAGCUCAGUGUUCUCCAACGUUCAGUGACGUAGGAUGUGCGACAACACCACGUCUACGUCAGUAAAGCGGAAGUGCCGGUGGAAGCUGCAGAGCUUGUUUUGUUCUUCUUGAAUGCUCCUCGUGUUGGAAAGGUGUGAUCAUGUCCAAGCAGCCGCUGGGGAAGACGUUGUUGAGGAAUGUAAUCCGCCACACAGAUGCCCACAACAAGAUCCAGGAGGAGAGCGAGAUGUGGAAAAUGCGAGGCUGGGAGGUCACGUCCCAUCACAAACAUAUCCCAGAUACAAAGAGUGCGAGGGGGCAAAUGCACUGUGAUCGAGUGCCAGAUCAGCCCAGAGAUCUGAGUCGGAGCAGAGAGCGAGUCUCAGAACAUGAUGACAGAGAGGCUCGAUACUGGAGUCGUAAACUGUAUGAAUUUGAGGCCAAAGAUCCUGACAGGUGGGGACAUAGUGGCUUCAAGGAGCUUUAUCCAGAGGAGUUCAAAAGCGACGGUGAAAAAAGCAGUGCCAAAAAGAAGACUGGGCACCACAAGAUGAAAAGGUCCAAGUCUAGCGGCGAAGCAAGCUUAUCAAAACGAUCCAAAAAAUCCUCUCAUAAGAAGAAAAAGAAAAAGAAGAAGAAAGAUGAAGAUGAAAAGCGUAAGAAGGCGGAGUGCUCGAGCAGUGACAGCAGCAGCGAUGACAGCAGUGGAAAACGGAGGAAAAGGACUAAAAGUCAACAUAAGAAUAAGAAAACGGCGAAAACAAAAGGGAGAGAUGAGGACAGCAGCUCAGGCGACAGCGACGAUGAAGAAGAAAGGGAGAGGCGGACUCACAGGCGCAAAAAGCGAAAGCAGGACUCCCACAAAGACUCGGACUCGGGGCCGAAUUCAAAAAAAGAAGAGCUGGAGAAACUGGAAAGCAGCAGGUGAGGAGAGCUUGGAUGAUAGUUCUGCAGACUGAGAUUCAAAGAGACGGACAGACACACAGCUCAGGUAACAACCAAGAAAAACUACUGCGGAUUCCUUUGUUCGCCUUAACUUCACAGAGGGCUUAUCUCUGCAGGGCCGCUCUGUAUUGUACUUUGUUAGACAUCAACAAAACUGCUGUCAGCCCUCUCGGUGGGCGUUCUGUGUAGCAAUACCUCAUCCACCUCUGCAGUGGCUUGAAGCACACUGUACGGCGGUGCAGGCAGCAUGAAGAGGGAAGGUGGGGUAUACACCACCCGCCUCAUUAAGAAUUCUGCCGGCUGCAGGCUCAUUGAUUGAUCAUCGACUCUCACCUCAGACUGUCUGCCUCACGUGGAGAAGAACUUCUGUCCUCAAUCGACCACAGUUUUUUAUAGAAUUUUUUUAAUUUAAGAAACAAGAAAAAUUAUGCAACUCUCCUCAAGAAUUAUGAUAGAAUGUGCAUUUGCUUUUUUUAGUUUUGUAAAUUUUAAUAUUUGUAUGCAGCACAUUGUCAUAGGUGUAAAUUAAACAUCUAUUUUGCUGUUUAAAGAAAUGUUAUUAAAUUGGUGGAAUAUAUAUAUUUUAAAUAAGUCUGGUGAAUUUCUGUAUUUUUCUUAUUGGUAAUAAAUCUCAUUAAAAAAACACAACCAACGAUUCAUUUAUGCG